AUGCCUGGUCCACCGCCACCUCCUCCGCCUCCUCCGCCGCCGCCCGGUGGUAUGGGAGGGCCACCUCCGCCUCCGCCCAUGCCAGGUGGAUCGGCAUUGCCAGCGGCUCCUCCCAAAGCCGUAGCCAAAGACAGAGGCGCACUCCUGGGCGACAUUACAAAGGGCCGGAAACUGAAAGCCACUGUCACGAACGACCGAUCUGCACCACUGGUUGAGAAGAAGGCAGGCUCAGGAGCACCACCCGUUGGAGGGGCGCCUCCAGUGCCCGGCAUGCGAGCGCCAUCGAGCCUUGCCCCGCCUGUGCCCGGCGGAGGCAACAGAGCACGAAGCAACAGUGAUCAAGGCUCCGGCGGAGGCGAUAGUAGUAUAGCAUCGGCACCACAAUUGGGAGGACUAUUUGCAGGCGGCAUGCCAAAGCUGAAGAGAACGAGCGGAGGUGUUUCUACUGGAGCGGAUGGGCCUCACUCGGACUCAGAAACCUCCUCUCCGGCAGCACCACGAGUUCCGACCAACCGUGCACCACCAAUACCGGGCCUGGUGCGACCUAAUUCUAUGGCAACAGUUCCCAGAAGCGGCGGAACAGCGCCCCCACUUCCACCUGGUGCUGCGCCAGCAAUACCAAGUCCACUUGCUGGCCUCAAGAAGCCGCCACCACGGCUUGUUCCAAAGCCUUCGUCCAUCGCCAAUCUUGCAGCUGGCAAGCCACCACCACCACCUCCAUCGUCAAGAAAACCCUGCACCACCCUCUGCUCCUCCACCUCCGCCAAGCAGUGUGAGCCAGCUCCGCCAUCAGCUCCCCCACCGCCACCUGUCCCAUCGGCGAGCACACCUUCGUCUGCGCCACCUCCGCCGCCCCUCCCACCUUCGAGCACACCAUCUUUUGCGCCUCCUCCGCCGCGUUCUGCCACCAUCGAGCACUCCCUCCUUUGCUCCACCCCCUCCGCCACCACCUCCACCCACAUCGGCGUCGACGCCUUAUUCGGCCCCUCCACCACCACCGCCUCCACCGCCUUCAUCUUCUGCCCCAUCUCUAGCUCCGCCUCCGCCACCUCCGCCACCGUCACAACCUGCGAGAGCAAGUCCUGCACGUUCGUCACCACCUCCGCCCCCAUCAGCUCCGCCAAGCUCGAACAACAUGGCGAUGAGAGCAGCAGCCUCGGCAAUGGCACGGCCGUCAUCAAGUCAUCUAGGUGCACCACCUCCACCGCCACCCGACGCACCUUCGUCACCACAAUCACCAAGCGCGUCAUCAUUUGCCCUUAA